GUAUACUCCCUCUCUCCAAAACACACACUCGACACAACCUCCUGUCUCUCUUUCUCUCUCUCACUUUCUCUCACUACAUUUCUCUCUCUAGUUCGUGAUAACCUAAAGGGGUGAGACUAGGGUUUUCAACCGCUUCGCACUCGGAUAAAUCGGAAAAGGCUUUGAAUCUGGGACGGUGGUGAUGAAUCUGGAACGAGUCUCGUGAGUAUAAAUUAUAUCUUAGAAUGGAUAGCGAUACUGAUAAAAGAAUCAGACAGAGAGAUUCUGGGACAAUUAUUGGGGGAGACCAGGCUCAAGGCAGCAAUGUUAAUGCUUUACUCCACUCAAGUAGUUCAACUGUUAAGAUCAAUUCACUGUCAAUCAAUCUUGGAAUUGUCAAGGGGAAGGAUGAUCCACAAAAGUGUAAUCAUUUCUCCAUACGAGGCUAUGUUGCAAAGAUGCGUGAAAAAGGUGACAACCACCACUUACCAUUUUCUGAUGGUAUUGGAGAAGAACCUCCCCCUAUAGAAGUCCCACGUUUUAGAUAUUGGCUUUGCCAAAUCUGUUUGCAAGAUUAUGGAGGUGGAAGUACUUCUCAAGAGGUUGCAUUAGUUUCUCAGUAUGGUAAAAGCAUGAUGCAACCUUGCACAACUUCUUACUCAUCAUCACCAAAUUGUCAUGGUUUGCCAAUGCUCCCUUUUGGAGAAGGCACUUCAGGUCAUAAACCUGUUGAUGAGAGAAUUAGUGUUGAUGAAAGCAUCAUACAAGAAGAUACUACUCAAUCUUCACCUGAUCACAACCUUCCUGACACUGAAGAACCAAAGAAAAUCGAUUCUAUUGAUGCCAGUAUUACUGAAUAUGCAGCUGUUGUUGAUGAUUCCAAGAAACUUGACUUAGUCAAUGAACCUUUGACUUCUCCACCAGUCCAGUCAACCGAGUCUGACCAACAGAAUCAAGAUCCAACCGGACAUCCACGCCGAAAGGCACGAAAAGUGCGUUUAUUAACAGAAUUGCUUUGUGGAAGUAAUGAAAAACAGCAUCAGAGAAAAGAAAGCACUAAUCUUCCUGAAUUAACUCCAACUCCAUCUUCUCCACUGAAAAAAAGAAAGAUCCCACAAGCUCAGGAGUGGAAACCUGUUGAAGGUCAUGUCGGGAAAAAAGUCAAAGUGGUCAAGGAGAACGUUUCUGGUAAAACCAGUAUAGUCAAUGAAGGUGAAGGUGGGCAGAAAACUGAUAAGUAUCAAUGUACAAAACAUGGAGUUCAAAAAAGUUCCAAACUUGUCAAGGCUACUAGUGAUCCAGUUGCAGCAUGGAGAUCGAUAUUCAGUGAUAUGGGAAGAUCAGAUAAACACGUGUCACUUCCCAAUGAUGCUUCAAGACCGAGUCAAGAUGUCUAUGAGUAUGAAGGCAAACGAAAUGUUGACCAAUUUUCAGAAAAAAGAUGUAAUGCUUCCAAGAAGGUAAUGGAAGAUCCUAUGAGAAAUCAGUUAUUUGGAGAUGAUCAUAUACAAAGGUCAAAUGUUGGUGAUUAUGAUUAUGAUUCUAGAGCGAGGGGUGGUCAGUCUGAAACUGGGUUAGGGCUCGGGUUAUCUCUAAACUAUGAACCACAAUCACGGGUUUCUUGGCUACCACCAUUACCAAAUCGGGUUCCUAUUCAAGAUCAUAGUAGGAAAGAUGGUUUCUUUUUUGGAGAAUCAAGUAUUGGACAUAAAGGAGUCUCAUUGGAUCCUCAAGCAAAAGGAAGAUCGGUUUACAGUGUCAGAGAUGGACAUACACAUACUCCUAGAACACCAUUCUUGCAGGAACAGCAGCCUUUUCAUACACACCUUUCACAUGGGAGCUUUUCUCAGCAUCAGAAUUUAGACUUCUCUGACCCACACAACAAGAGGAACAAUGGAGUAAGAGGGUAUGCAGAUAUAAUGAUGGCUAAUAGCCAUCAAAGACAUGACAUAUUUUCCAAUGGGAGGUCAGAUGAAAGGGAAAUCGUUGAACUCAUGGCCAAAAUUCAGUAUGAAAGAAACCUAAGUGAAUCCAGGAAUUACAAUUCAUCAAAUUUUCAUAAAGUUAGUAGCUUCAACCAAGGGAUGCCUAUACCCCACCACCAAUAUCCCACAUUCAGAAGGCCUUCAAUGGAGAAUUCAGGUCUGGGUCCCACCACCAUGAGAAACCCAAACCCAAAUCCAAACCCAUCUGGAUUCUUCCAUCAAGAACCAAUUCCAGCCUUCCCAAGUUUUGAUACCUUUUCACACCAAUCAAAUGGUAUACGGGUAUCUGAUAACUCUUAUUAUCAUGAAUCUAGAGAGAAUAACAGAAUACCCCACCACCACUCUUCUGUUCCAACCAAUAUGCAGAUAAUGAACAAAGGGAAGAAUGUUAUGAAUCUUGAUCUAAAUGUCAUGGCUCCAAAUGUUCAUGAAGAGCAGAACAACAACAACAACAACACGGGUGGUUCUUUAGACCAUUCGUAUUCUAAUGAAGCCAUACCUGCAAUGCAGUUGCUUAGUCUAAUGGAUGCAGGGAAAAAGUCAUCAUCUUCUUCUUCUUCUCCAUUUAUGGACAAGAAAAAGCUUACACCUAAACCACAAUUUUCUUCUUACAAUGGAAAACAGAAUUCCUUUAUAAUUCCAUGCUCUGGGAUGCUACAAUCUAGUGUGCAAAGGCCCGUUGAAAACUCAAGGAGCUUCAUUACGGGUCGUGGAGCUUCGUUUUCUUCUUUCUUUCAUACCGAUCAAACUCAUGGAGGCCAAGCCCAGUUUGUUCAUAAACCACAGGAGAAGAAACAGAGAGGUGUGAGUAUGGCUUCAGGUUCAGUUAGUGGUCACAACAAGUAUAGACAAGAGGAUUCUUAUGGUUUUCCUCUUCCAUGGCAUGCAAGUGAAGGAGGAUUGGGGACAAGAAAUGUGACAUCAGGAACUGAGAUUUGCACAGUUAAUCAAAACCCGGCUGAUUUUAGUACACCAGGACCAGAAAAUGUGUAUAUGAUUGAUUUUGAAAAUCUUAAAUUCAGAGGGGAUCGUGUUUAUUACCCUAGGGAAGGGACUGUUUGA